GUCUCUCUUUAGUGCUAUCAUAAACCGCCCCUCACAUACUGUGCACAUGUAUGUGGGAGGCCUGUAGCGAGCACUUUUCUCGAAAUUUGAUUGUUCUAGAAGAGACUAAUUGAGCAGUUAUGAGACCUGUCCUAGUAAUAUAAAACCCAAGGUUGGCCCCGCACUGGGGUUCCUAAGAUCAUAGUAGCACAUCUUACUGUGUCCACAAACCCUAUCAGCUUCUUUCGCUCUGUACUCAGUGAGCUCAAAGACAGCCAAAAUGGAUUUUCUCCAAGCCAUCGCUCUGUUCUCUUUCUUCCCCACUGCCAUCGUAGCAGUUCCCCAGCAAACUGCCGCAGGUACAACAACCGCGACGCCGGCGACGAUCACCAAAGCUGCGUCGCUCAGCUGCUCAGACGGGCAGACCGCUGUCUACACGACAGAUUGUACGUUGGGAACUCCCAUGUCGUACUGUGCUAGACCGGAGCCUCCGAUCCAGUGCUCGGAGGGGUACUUCCCGUCGGUUUGGCACCCAGGUCAUUGCAUUGAACAGUCAACCUGUUACCCGCUUGACGCAUCCUGGAUCACGACCGAGUGCUCGCAUGGCGCGAUUCCUUGGACAACCUCGACCUUGUAUGAGGGUACCUUAGCGGGAGGAAAGUCGACUAUUGUCAGUGCCGUUUCCUGCUCCUGUGCCAGAGACCAAUGGUAUAGCAUGACCAUGCUCGCAGGCGCGUCAACCGUCGACACUUUCUGCAUGCCAUCAAGCUCCUGUCCAGCAGGCAUGACAACCUCGGUCUCAGUCAAUACGUACUGCACAACGGCGCCGGCAAGCGUGUGUUCGGAUAUCCCCCUGGAGACCAGCUACUGCAAGUGCGAGUAUGCUGCGCAGACACCCGUAUAUCCGGACUCUGUUGGAGCGGCUCCAACUGGAUGUGAAUUCUAAUCGGAGCGAGAAUAGUUCU